AUGACCAGAACUAUGGCUAAGGCUACGGCUAAGGAUACGGUUACAGCUACGGCUACGGCUAAGGCUAAGGCUAAAGCUAAAACUACGGCUAAGGCUAGGGUUAGGGCUAAGGCUAAGUCUACGGCUAAGGCUACAGCCAAUAAAGCUACGGCUUAUACUAGGACUAAAGCUACGGCUAAAGCUAAGGCUAGGUCUGACUAG